GUUAGUUUAAAUUAUUUGUUGCAGUUGCGAAUGCCUUUGUUGUUAAAUUUUAAAGUGCUGUAAGAAAUUAACGGAUAAAAGGAAAAGGAUAUCACUCAUUAUGGUUUCCGAACGCGAAUGGUGUGAAUGAACUGUCAAAUAUUCAAUGAAGUUAGCUGCUGUCUGGAAUCCUUCCGCCAAGCUUGUGUGUGUAGAGAUGCACCACUUCUUACGUUAGUGUGCCGUCCGUGAAAGCGGUUUUUCAAAGCUCGCGCUCGCCGUUUUCAUCGUUUGAUGCGCCGCCCGGCCGGACGCCGGUGCCAGUGGUGCAUAAUAUUUACAUUACGGCUUCCAAAAACCCAACAUUCCACUUCCAACGUUGUCUUCAAUUAAAAAUGUUCGUAGUUAGUUCGAAAAUCGAAUGUUAACUUUUUAAUGUGGCCAGUUUAAGUGAUAAGUGUUUUAUGAUGUGCUUUCUGCGAGCGGUUUUAUUCCUUUCGUUGGUUUUAUCCGGCCUCCACGCUUCCAUUGGGUCCGAAGGUAUCGACCACCAUUCAGGGCAUAGACUACACAAGCAAAAGACCAACAGAAAACACCGGGCUACUAAUGAAGAGCUUCACUUCGAUCCAAAGCCAUUCAGUAAGAAGAUUGAACUGAAUACACCCGGGAAGAUCCAUUGUAAAGUGGCUGGUGGACUCUCUCCGACCGUGCAAUGGUUUUUGAAUUCAGCAGACGAGCUGCCAGAGGGCGUAAGCUCGGCCAACGGUACGCUGCACGUGGCGGCGGCUGAGAAACGCCACGUUGGCAACUAUACUUGCCGAGCCACUGAUGGCAACCACACCAUCACUGCGGAGAUACACCUCGAUGUCGUUGUAUCACCAAAAGUAAUCGAGCCCCUUCCGGACACGGAGAUACACAUCGGCGAGCGCCAAUCGGCGCUUAUGAACUGCCGAGCUAUUGGUGACCCGCUACCAACCACGCAUUGGGUCCGAAAUCUCACCAUUAUUAACCAAUCGCAAGAUGGCGUGGAUAUCGAAGGAGGUGUAAAUGCGACACACGCCAGAAUGUUGUUACUAAACAAUGGCUCCCUAUGGAUUCGUUCAGCUCGGCGUGAAGACUCAGACCGCUACGCUUGUACGGCGGGCAGCGCCGCCGGUAUGGCGCGCACGGAACUGAUCCUCACUGUACAUCCAGAGGGCUACUACGCGGACGGCGGGAGUGAAUCUGGAGCCGGGCGAGCGGUGUUAGUGGCAGCAGGAGUUGCAGCAGGUUACAUGCUACUGGUGUUGGCGCUGAUGCUGUAUUGCAGGAGGCGUCGGCGUGAGCGGCGUCUUCGUGGUGAAAAGAUAGAGCUAGAAAUGGCAGAAGGGCGAGAAAAGUUGGUGGAAGAAGGCGAGGACAAGCCCAAGACCAACGGAGCACCCAACGGGAAACUGCCACACGAUAGAGACAGCGGUGCCGACACGUCAGAGGUAUCGGCCGCAUCCCGUGUGUCCCGCCGAGGAUUUGAACAUCUCGCGGCCCCGAGAACCUUACUCACGGAGCAGAUCCCUCUAGGCCGCGGUGAGUUCGGCGAGGUGUCGCUGGCGCGCCUCGACGUGUCGGCACUGAAGCGCGCGCGUUCGGCGGCCGCCAACUCAGCCCCACGGUUGCGUCCUGUACUAGUCAAGGCCCUGACUUCGAAGGACGAGGCGGCCGGAGCAGAAUUCCGUCGCCAACUGGAAUUAUUCGGGCGAGUCCGACACGAAGGCGUCGCGCGCCUGUUGGCGCUCUGCAGCGACGCAGACCCGCACCUUAUGAUCCUCGAGCACACUGACUGGGGUGACCUGAAAACCUUCCUCCAAGCCACCACAGCGGAACAAACAGCCCAGUUCACCGGCGCUAGUGGCUGGCGCGCGGCGCCGCUGUCGCCGCAGCACCAGGCCUUGCUGGCCAGCCAGCUCGCGCACGCGGUCACCGCGUUGGCCAACCAGCGCCUCACACACAGAGACAUCGCAGCUGUCAAUUGCGCCAUCUCGUCAGCUUUGCGGCUGAAACUCACCAUGGCGGCCAUGUCCCGAGGGCCGGACACCGCACAUUACUACAAGCGACAUGACCAGGUGAUCCCACUGCGUUGGUUACCGGCCGAGGCGGCUUUAGAAGGCGAAUACUCCGCCAAGUCCGACGCGUACAUGUUCGCAGCCACAGUAUGGGAGAUCUACACUAAAGCGGAGCUUCCGUUUGCCAAGCUGAACGAUAACUCAGUGCUGGAGCGGCUAAAGAGCGGCACCCUCGAGUGGACGGUCCCGGGUUCGAUGCCCGAAGCGCUUGCUGAAUUACUGAAACGGUGUUGGAGCAACUCCCCAUCAGAGCGGCCGCAGUUCGAAGCCAUCUGUACCGAGGUAGACGCUGUGUUACAAGCGGUUACUUCCGCCGAAACUACACAGGAAAACAACCCUUAAACACAUCAAUUUAA